AUGGCGAUAUUUCAAACUAAGAAAUAUCGGAGUGCCGCCGAUGCUGGCACGUUUGCAGCGAAAUAUCGUGCUAUGAUGGCGAAACAUCCGUUCUUGUUAUUUGGGCUGCCAUUCAUGUCCGUUAUUGUAGCUGGAUCAUUUGUACUAACACCUGCCACGGCCGUGCGAUACGAGAAACAUGACAGACGAGUUAGACAAAUGACGCGGGAUGAAGAAUUAGGAGUCGGCAAAACAGGGCGGAGAGUCAAUAUGAAAGACGAAUAUUAUAGGCUCGCUGCGAAAGACAUAGACAACUGGGAACAGAAGCGUGUCAAGAGACUUCCUGGAGAGCACGACGGCGUGUUAUAA